AGCGUUGGCCUUUCCGAAGCCGAGCGGACCCACCCUGCAUCCGCACCUGCCUUUUGCUCUCUGCCGGGGCUCGGACGAGUUUUUGGGCGGCGGGAGAAGAGGGCGUAUGGCGCGCAGCUCGGAAGGCCCGAGAGAAGCGCUGUCUGGCCGAAUCGGGGCGGUCUACCAAGAAGUCAGCCGCUUUCCGUCGGUAACUUAUGCCAGCGUCGGACCCGAGGUUUCUGCCCGUUGUGGCGCCAAAUGCCUGCCCCUCUACACGGAAUGGCGCCACACAGAUCUGGAGCGCCAUCAGAAACUGCGAUUCAGUCACCAAUAUAUUCUUCACCACGAUGGCAGAGAAAUUGUUUCUGUUACUCCCGUUGGUUUGCCAGCUGAGAUUCAUAAUCAGCUGCUGAUUGGAAUGUCUCCUACUGGGAGAUAUAAAGCUAUUCUCACCCAUUAUCUGGAAACGGGGCAGAAACAGGAGGUCCUGGAGGUUUGGAGCAACAGUGGGAGGGUAAGAAAUAUCAAUCUCACAGCGCUGGAUAAACAUGGCAAAGUGUACACAGAUGAGCAGUUUCGAUGCUUUGCUUGGUCCAACUCAGAAACUCAGAUUGUGUAUGUCGCAGAAAGAAAGCACUCUCCAAAACAACAAUUUUUCUCUCAAGGAGAAUUCACUGAAGGACAGGAGAAUGAGCGGUUUGUGUACAAUGACAACUGGGGAGAGGCACUGGGCGACAAAAGUGUCCCUGUGUUAUGUGUAUUGAAUAUUGAAACCACUGAGGUUUCAGUGCUAGAAGACAUCCCAGGGCACCUCUCCCCUGGGCAGGCCCUGUGGUCCCCAGGUGACAAGGGAUUAAUAUUUGUGGGCUGGUGGCAUGAGCCAUUCAGGUUGGGAUUACAUUCCUGCUCCAAUAGGAGGUCAGCUCUAUUUCUCUUCGAUCUGUCUGAACAUAGCUGUGAACUAUUGACUUCAGAUGAUCAGUCUGUCUCUUCACCACGGCUCAGCCCUGACCAAACUCACCUGCUGUACUUGGAGGGACCAGUGUUUGGGUCUCAUCGCCAGUGCUUGAAGCUACAGUUGCUCAACUGGCAAACCAAGUCCUCAUAUACAGUAGUGGACAUAGUCAGAACUUCCACAGCUGGUUUUUAUGGGAUUUACUCAGGAGCACUGUCCAUGCUUUGCUGGGCCUCUGAUAAUCAAAGAGUCUUACUUAGCACUCCUCAGAGGAGUAGAAAGGAAGUGUUAGUUGUGGAUACCAAAUCAGGAAGUGUGAAAUCUAUUACAUCAGGCACAUCAGAAGGUAGCUGGACUCUACUAGGAGUUCAGCAAGAUCUGCUAGUGGUGAGCUGUUCAUCUCCCACUUGCCCACCAAGUCUGAAGGUGGGUGUGCUCCCCCCAAAAGGGAGUGAGCUGGAGCUACAGUGGAUCAGUGUGGAGGAAUCUUCUGUACUACCUGACAUGGAAUGGAAAAUCCUCACAGUGAAUCCUGCCUUGUCUGAGAAGGGCAGCCCAUACACUGACCAGUCAUUUGAAGCCAUAUUGCUGAUUCCUCAAGGAAGCAAACAAGGAGAAGAGGCCCUUUUCCCCCUUGUGGUUUCUCCACAUGGUGGUCCACAUUCAGUUUUUGAUGCUUGCUGGCGUCCAACUAUGGCAGGUCUCUGCCAGCUGGGUUUUGCAGUGCUUAUGGUGAAUUAUAGAGGGUCCUUGGGUUUUGGCCAGGACAGCAUUGAUUCAUUGAUAUCUCAUGUUGGAGUGCAAGAUGUGGCAGACACCCAGCUGGCAGUAGAAGUGGCACUGCAGAUGAAACAUUUGGACCCAAAUAGAAUUGCCUUGUUGGGAGGUUCUCAUGGUGGCUUUAUCUGUUGCCAUUUGAUUGGUUGGUUUCCAGAGAUGUACAAAGCCUGUGCAGUCAGAAAUUCCGUCACCAACAUGGCCACUCUACUGGGGACCUCUGACAUUCCCGAUUGGCGAUACGCUUCUCUGGGUCUGCCAUACUCCUAUGAGCGGAUUCCUACAGAAAAGGAUCUGGCUGCCAUGCUGCUCUCCUCCCCCAUCACUCAUGCUACAAAGGUACAAGCACCUCUGCUGCUGUGUGUUGGGGCAAAAGAUCGUCGAGUGUCUCCUUACCAAGCUUUGGAAUAUUACCAUGUGUUGAAAGCUAGAGGAAUCCCUGUGCGACUGAUGUGGUAUCCAGAAGAGAAUCAUGCCUUAAGUGGAGUAGUAGCUGAAGCAGAUGUCUUCAUGAACUGUGCCCAGUGGAUCACACAUCAUCUCUCCAAAAGAUAGAUUGAAAGUCAACUGCCAACUAAAUAUGAAGACAUGUAAAUUGCUGAGAAGCAAACUGUGUUUAUGUAUAGCCAGUUGCACUACAGUGAUCUUCACAAUGUGUCAGGCGUUGGUUUUUCCCCCCAAUGUGCAAUCAGAUUGUGGGUAUCUGAAGAUUCUUCUCUGCUGAUAAUCUCUUCAGAAUGUUUUUGAGUAAUUCUGCUGAUAAUGUUACAAAUAUCUACUCAAAUCCUAAUUCUGAUUGAAAAAUUGAUGUCUGAUAACUGGCCUUGCAAAAAAGCUGUACUAUUAGAUUGCUAAACUAAUAUAAUCAAUCAAGCCAACUUGUUUAUUUGAAUAAAUAGAUAUGCUGACAUAAUCCAAAGAAAAUUCUCUAAUAAAGCUUCUCAUUUGCAACUGAAUACUUUUAGUGGGUUGGUUUUAUAUAUGAGCAUGUCUCGGCAUUAAUGAUAUUUUGAUGAUUAAUGAAUGAUUAAUGAUAUCCACUCAGAAUUUCCUGAACCAUGAGUGAUAAACAAAUUUAAUAAACAAACAAAUAAAUAAAUAUCAAAGACCGUUUUUAUUCUUUCCCAGUUCUCUGAUUAAAUGUUUAUUGCUUCCAGAAACUUUGAUGGAAAAUGCCUAUCAUUAUCCUCUAUCAAUAAAUACAAAUAUUUAUGUUUACCAUAGAUAUUAAUGAUAAACUCAUUCACUAGUGAUG